AGGAGCUACUCAAUAACCAGCUGGAAGGGCUACGUUGAACCAUCAAUCAGGCUCCAUGGCUGCCUCGCCGUCAACCAGUCGUACAGUGUCUCAACUGAAACUACCUCGGAAACCCACGCGUCUCACGAAAUUCGCAAUCAACGCCCUGUACGUGCUGACACCACCUGCAUCGUCAAGCUCCGAACGCUCCCCGGCACAGAAGUUCAAACGCAUAAUGAUCUUUUUCAUCCCGGUACUUCUGUUGCUGGGUGUUGUAACCUAUUUUGUCAUCAAGCACUUCAGCGGCCGGAAACAUUACCUGCUCUGCGAUUCGCAAGCUUGUAGUGCGUUCGAAGUAAUGCUCAGUAGGACCAUCAGCGACCAUCUUGAUCCGUGCGACAACUUCUACGUCUUCGUCUGUGAUGGCUGGAACAGGGCUCAGUUGAAGUCUGUCUACCGUAGCCACGUGGACCACUUUCUUGCGCUUCUGAAUGACAAUCUCCAGGGAAAUGUUCCUCGGUAUGGUCAGAAUUCACAUGAAAAGGCGGCAGCAUUCUUUCAAGCGUGCAGAAUGGCUGCAAGGAAGAAUCGUGGAGAUACGCACGGCUUCAGAAAUAUUCUCUCUGAAAGCAACGUAGACUGGCCCAGCAUCUCUGAGAAGGCGGACGUACUCUUGUCAUUGGCCAGGUUUUUCAGGAUCCUUAGGAUAACGAACCUUUUGAAUAUUGAAAACAGUGGAAAUGCAUUGGUCAUUCAUGCAGGUGCAGCAGAAGCUUCCAACUACAAGAAGAGGGCCGCUCCGGGCUUCGAGAACAUUUAGAGCGGAGGCGUGCUGGGACCGGGCCUGAGCAUCAAAACAGUCGGGUACGGGUUGGGUCUGGGCCGGCGGAGUUGUGUUCGGGCUGGGCCCGGGCUUUAAAUCUAUAGAAGAUGUAGGGCUUGGGCCGGGCACGGGCCUGAAAAUUGGGCCCGUGCAGUGGUCUAGUACACAUCUGCGAACAGACGAAUGCUUGAAGACGUGCUAGUCGGUAGUUCGUCGAUAAAAAUAGGAAAAAUAAGAGGACGGAGUACUGACCCUUGCGGUUCGCUAGAUAGGACAGGAAGUGGUGAUGAGAGGGAAUCAUCGCCCAGUGUCACGACUGUUAACGACUGUAUGCAAAUAGUUUUUGAGCCAGUUUUGUA